ACACAGGUUAAUGAUAUCAGUACCGCAGUACCUGUUAUUUAUCAGAAACGUAGUCGUUUCUUUUGAAGAUCCGUUCAAUACCGACAUGUAAAUAUUGUUUCGCGUUUUGUUGAUAGUGCUGGAGAGAGUACCUACAAAGCCAUUACUUCAUUGAAAAAUACGCGGCGCAAGUUAAAAACGAGAGUUAAGUCGAGUGACCAGUGCAACAUAAACAAAUGAGAGAUGUCAACUAAUAGAUUUCACAAAGCUGCCAAAGAUGGCAUGUUGGAGGUACUUAAAGAAGCCACCAAACGGGACUGCAACUGUAGAGAUGAACAAGGGAUGACCCCCACAUUGUACGCCGCUUUUCACGGGAAUUUGGACGCGCUAAGGCUGCUAUGCGGAAGGGGGGGGGAUCCCGACAAAGCCGACCUGUUCGGCAACACCGCGCUCCACCUAGCGGCCGCCCAAGGACACAAACACAUCGUCACAUUCCUGGUGAAUUUCGGCGCCAACAUAUAUUCUACCGACGUCGACGGACGCACGGCCCAAGAAUUAGCCGGGAUAAAUAACAGGGAGGACAUACUGAGGUACAUAGAUGGCAUCCACGCGAAAUUAGAGGCGCAGGACAAGAAGAAAGUCAGGGCCCUGCAGGAGAAGGCGAAGGAGGACGCCAAAAAGAGGAUAAAGGAAUUCCACAAACGGAGAGCCAAACUUGAAGAAAGAAAUGACAAACUGGAGAGGAGAAAGAACAGGGAUUACAGACCGACCAUGAUGGAAACCCUGAGGUCUAGGAUAAUAGGAGGUUCCAUGUCGAAUCUAGCCAACAUCGGCACUAACGAGAGGAGGAACACGUACAGCGCAAUCAUCAACGGGGGCACUGUGACCAGCGGCAAAGGUUCCAUGAGUUCCGUGCAGCGCAAAAUUCUGGCAACCAAAAAUAACAGGCUGGGACCGAUCGAUGACGAGUUUAAGGUUAGCGAAAUAGAAGACGGUAAAAGAACCGUGAACUCAUUAAAGGGCAUCAGAAGAGACUCGGAGGUACUUUAUGGAGGAACCAUCGAAAACGUUGGACAAUAUACGAAAAGGGGCCGUCUCGACGGAAUCUUCAAUGAAGCCGAGUACAUCGACAAUGCACCUCCUCCGCCUAGUAGCGGUUUAACAAGGUCCAUUUCUCAACCGGAUUUCAUGCAGGAACUGCGUAAGAACGGGGAUAACAGUUUGAACCAGGAACCACCCAGUAUAUUCAUCAGACCAGGAAUGGGGAGCAUAGUCAUCAGGAAAAGCAUCACAAAUUCUUUUGGGGGAUUCUACGCUAACCAAAGCGGUCAGGAAGAAAGUUCUAUUGGAUCUGGUGAAAGUUACGGACCUAGGCAUACGACAGAUGACGAAUUGUCAGAUUCCACAUCUAGCGAAGACGAUGACCCCAACGGCCCCCUAGAGCGAUUCCUGACGGCUUUCGGCCUCGGGGAAUACCUACCCAAGUUCGAAGAACAGAAGAUUGACCUGGACACCCUGAUAAUUUUGACGGAGAACGAUUUGAAGAGCCUCAACUUGCCCAUAGGACCCCACAGGAAGCUCGUCAAUGCCAUACACGAGAGGAAGGCCGCUCUCGAGAAUCCCGGGGAAGUAACGGACAGUAUGCUAUAGAUACACACCCAGUUACCAAUAUCCGUUGGUAGAAAGUACGAUAAACGUACAGGGAACAAUUUAGUAUAAGUAGAAAACUUUAUGGAGCGAUACAAACACUUUUUUUUGAAAAUCAUUUAAUCGAUUAGUGCAUUUUCCAAUAAUCCUUAUUAGUCCAAAAUAUACAGGGUGCUCAAAUUAAUGUCCUAAACGGUAACUAUUAGCCAAUUAAAUUACAUUUAAAAAACGUAAACAUUCCAAGGACUAACUUUGUGUACGAAUUUAACUUAUAACGCCCUGUAUACGUUAUCGCUUCAGUAAACUGUCACGUGCACUGACAAAACAUGUAUAUAGUUAUAUUUAUUUUUGUCAAAACUAUUUUUGUAAAAAAAAUCAUGAGAUUUCAGAUAUUUUUAAACUUAUGAACGCUGUAUGCAAUUUUAUAUCUCCCAUCACUUUACGCUUCCCUACACUUUUUCUUGAUAUAGUGAGAGUUUAAUAUAGUAGUAAUAAUACGCUAAUGUAACGCGCAGGCUAUGAACUGAAGGUUCAAUUAUAAUAUCCGUUAGUAUGCCAAAGUAUUUUGAAAUACUUUAAAUAGUAGCUUUAGAUGUGUGAAUAUUUUUAAUUUAUGAAAAUUUAAGUCGUAACAGCAAUGUAACAACAAUGUAAGUGUACUUAAAUCGAGUAUGAUAUUAAAGAAAUAUGCACUUUAAAUACAGUACUUUCAUUAAAGAGGCAAGCACUUUAAAUAUGAUUUCUAUUGAAGAAAUACAAAUUUUAAACAGAAGGCUAUUGAAGAAAUAUGUACUUUAAGUGUAUAAACUAUCUAUUAAACUGUGUACUUUAUAAAGACUAUAUUAAAGAAAUAUGCAUUUUAAACAAACAAAACAUAUUAAAGGGCUUUGCGCUUCAAAUAUAUAAAUUUCUAUGCUGAAGAAAUGUGCGCUUUCUAUUGAAAAUAUAAAAACUUCAUAUUAAAGAAAUAUGAACUUUAAAUACAGUCAUUCUAUUAAGUUUGUUAUUUUUAUAUUUUCUUUCUGCUUUCUAUUAAAGUGGACAAAUUACUAUAUUGAAUAAGUAUGCGCUUUAAAUAUGCUUUCUAUUGAAGAAAUACAAAUUUCAAAUACUGUUAAAGAAAUAUACGCUUUAAAUACAGUACUUUCAUUAUAGAGACAAGCACUUUAAAUUAAUCCAACCUUCUAUUGAGGAAAUACGCAAUUUCUAUUAAAGAAACAUACACAUACACUUUAAACAUGCUUUCUAUUGAAUACAAAUUUUAAAUAGAUAGAAGACUGUUAAAAAUGUGCACUUUAAAUACAUUACUUUCAUUAAAGAGGCAAGCACUUCAAAUAAUCCGAUUUUCUAUUAAGGAAAUAUGCCCUUUCUAUUAAAGAAACAUACACUUGCAUUUUAAAUAUGCUUUAUAUUGAAGAAAAAUAAAUUUUAUAUAGAAGACUAUAAAAUACAUAUGCACAUUAAAUACAGUACUUUCAUUAGAGCCAAGCACUUUAAAUAAUCCGACUUUCUAUUAAGAAAUUUUGCACUUUCUAUUAAAGAAGCAUACACUUUAAACACAAUUUAUUAAACAACUACCCACUUUAGAUACUCUGUUAAAGAUAUAAGCACUUUACACAGUUGUUGCAAUAUGCAGUCAUUUUUUUAUUUUCAUUCUGCUUUCUAUUAAAGUGUACAAAUUGA